AAUUUCUUCUAAACAAAUCCACCCACUUGUUAUUCCAUACACUUGUAAAGUACACUACGAAGUUAUUCUUAUGUAAUGAAGGAGCUAAUCAAGGAACCUAAAGCAAGAGAGUAAGUUCAUCAAUGGCGGCAUCCUCCAUUUCUCUCUCCUCCAUUUCAUUCUUCCGAUUACCUUAUUAUCAUCAUCAUCAUCAUCUUCUUCAACAUCAACAUCAUCCUUUUCUCUCUUCUCCUCAUCAAAUCCAUCUUCUCCGAACUUUCCCCACUCUUCAAGCUUCUCGCCGAAGUUCUUCUCAGAACGAUGAUUUGAUAAAUAAUAGCCGAAAAUGGAGCCGAUUCGAUUUUGAUGGAUACGAGGAAGAAGACGACGAUGAAGAUGAUGAAGAAGACGAAGAAGAAGAUCGAAGCUUAGAUUUAUUGAUUAGGUUUGUUGAAAAUAUCUUCAGAAAAGUCUCUAAACGAGCUCGUAAAGCUGUUCGAUCAGUUCUUCCUGUUGCUAUCUCCACCAAAUUGGUUGGUUUUGCUGUCAAUGGACUGAUAAUUCUAUCAUUUUUGUGGGUGUUGAAGGCUUUUCUUGAGGUCAUUUGUACUCUUGGAAGUGCAGUGUUUGUGAGUAUUUUACUUAUCCGUGGGGUAUGGUCUUGUGUGUUAUAUUUACAAGAGGGUCGCAGCCGUCAUUUAAACGGAUUUGAUGAUGAUGAUCAACCUUCAUGGACUAGAGCCCAGCCUGUAACUUAAGUGCUCUGCAGCCUCCUUUCUAAUCAUUUUAAAGUCUCAGUCUGGCAUUUAAACAUGCUUCUGACCUUUGGAAAAUAAAGAAUCUACGCGAUUGGCUAUCAAAAAUAAUAGUCUUUGUCAAGAUCCAGGUUUGGCUGUAUGCACGAGACCAUCUGAUCAUGCAGCCUGCAGGUGCGUGAAUGAACGUCUAUCUCAAUCAAGUACUACGAUACGAAUAUACUAUUAUGCAAAAGAGGAUGGGCUUGGCCAGUUUUUUAUUAGAGUUUGAAGCCCCUGUUUGCAUAAUUGCAUUCUUAACAUCUUAAGUCGUUGCUCUGACUUAUAAGUUUAAUGAUCAGUUUUUGCUGUUUGCUAAAAUGAUCAACCAACAAUGUAAAUUCCAACUUCUUAUGUAAGCCUAGAGUUCGUGGCAAAGAUCAUAAUGCUACUUUGUAAAACUAAUGUCUUCCAUAUUGGGAGUAAAAUAGACUAUGAUGGUGCCAAAGACCGAAACCAUAGAUUGAUAGAUGUAACAAUAACAUAUAUAUACCAAGUACUUCCUAUUUUAUGACCAGGUUUUAUAAA